GGGCAGGAACAAGAACCGCAGCAGGACCGUGAGGGUCAGAGAGAUUUAGGGUUGUUCCCGCCACCAGGCGAUCCAGCCCGGCAGGAAUGGAACAUCGCGCAUUAGCGGAUGAUAUCACACGUUCUGUAUUAUGGUUGCAAGUAUAUAGCCGUGACAGCACAUCAAAACGUAAGUUUGGGUCAUUAGAUCCGAUUUGAAACCAGUCUUGCUGCCACCUUAUUUGUGGAUAUUUGGCUAGUCAGCCCCUUGUGCGAGCACCGCGGGUUGUUCAAGUGUCGAGAUUCGAGAUAAACGCCAGCCUGGGAAUCACUGUAAAGUCGGGCAUAACUCAAGCAUACCUACAAGUUUACGCUUCUCGGUCUUGUGAUUAGACCCUAUUUCAAACCUCGAGCAGUGGUUCACCUUUACGACGCCUGAGCUGGCACCCAGCGGCACCAUUGCCACUAUGAGCUUCAACAUAGAAGAUCUCGAAGGCCCCAUUACGCACAUCCUCACUGCUCCAGGUGUUGAUUUGAGCACCAUCAGUGCGAAGGGAGUUCGGCAGAAGUUACUGGAGGACGCCGCGUUGGCUCUGACCGCUCGAGGACUGAAGGAACGAAGGACAGAGGUGGACGCUAUGAUUUCAAGUAUCUAUGAGGUCGUUAGUCGGCAAGCACAAACAGACGAAUCGAAGAGGAAACGCGAGGAAGGGACAGAUGAAGGCACGGAACAGGAAGAACAAGCAGAGGAUACGGAGGACCAAGAUGACGCUGUAGAGGAGCACGACGGAGAAGCAUCGGAGGAGGAGGAUGUCAAAGUGCCAACGAAGAAAAAGAAGGGUGCUGCGAAAAGUGUCGAGGAGGCUGAUGCUGAGUUGGCCAGGAAACUUGCAUCAGAACUCAACUCCCGGUCACGGCGUGGCGCAUCAAACGGCGUAUCUGCCACGCCCAAGAAACGUAAGACGAAGAAGAGUGCAGCUGUGGUUGAUUCUGGUGCUGAGGACGAUGGUGAAGAUGAGGGGAAGCCGAAGAAGAAACGCAGUGGAGGUGCAAGAGGAGGUUUCGCGAAGGAAUAUAUUCUCAGCGAAUCUCUAUCAGUGGUUGUUGGCGUGGACAAGCUUUCGCGCCCCCAAGUCGUGAAGAGACUAUGGGAGUAUAUCCGUGGCCAUGAACUUCAAAACCCCUCCAACAGACGUGAGAUCAUGUGCGACGACAACAUGCGAGCUGUCUUUGGUACUGAAAAGGUCGAUAUGUUCCGGAUGAACAAAGUUCUGGGACGGCAUUUACAUGCCCAGUGACAACACUGGGGAGAGGUACACCAAGCCGACGUGUCUUAGCCUUGUGUGUUCACACAAUUGGACCUACACAACGAAUCCGGAACAACAGACUCAACACGUACAAAAAGAA